GUGGCGGGGGACGAGCUCCCGGAUGUGGAGAAGCUGGGGAGAAGGCGUGGGAGGAAGAUGGACUCGGUGGAGAAGGGGGCCGCCACCUCCGUCUCCAAUCCGCGGGGGCGGCCGUCCCGGGGCCGGCCGCCGAAGCUGCAGCGCAACUCCCGGGGCGGCCAAGGCCGAGGGGUGGAGAAGCCCCCGCACCUGGCGGCCCUAGUGCUGGCCCGGGGCGGCAGCAAAGGCAUCCCCCUGAAGAACAUUAAGCACCUGGCGGGGGUCCCGCUCAUUGGCUGGGUCCUGCGUGCAGCCCUGGACUCGGGGGUCUUCCAGAGUGUAUGGGUUUCAACAGACCAUGAUGAAAUCGAGAAUGUGGCCAAGCAGUUCGGUGCCCAAGUGCAUCGAAGAAGUUCCGAAACCUCCAAAGACAGCUCUACCUCACUAGAUGCCAUCGUAGAAUUUCUUAGUUACCACAAUGAGGUUGACAUUGUUGGAAACAUUCAAGCUACAUCUCCAUGUUUACACCCCACUGAUCUUCAAAAAGUGGCAGAGAUGAUUCGAGAAAAAGGAUACGACUCCGUCUUCUCUGUUGUGAGGCGCCAUCAGUUCCGAUGGAGUGAGAUUCAGAAAGGAGUUCGUGAAGUGACAGAGCCUCUAAAUUUGAAUCCAGCUAAACGGCCUCGUCGACAAGACUGGGAUGGAGAAUUAUAUGAAAAUGGCUCAUUUUAUUUUGCUAAAAGACAUUUGAUAGAGAUGGGCUACUUACAGGGUGGAAAAAUGGCAUACUACGAAAUGCGAGCUGAGCAUAGUGUGGAUAUUGAUGUGGAUAUUGAUUGGCCUAUUGCAGAGCAAAGAGUGUUAAGAUUUGGUUAUUUUGGCAAAGAGAAGCUGAAGGAGAUAAAACUUCUGGUUUGCAAUAUUGAUGGGUGUCUCACUAAUGGCCACAUUUAUGUAUCAGGAGAUCAAAAAGAAAUAAUAUCCUAUGAUGUAAAAGAUGCCAUUGGGAUAAGUUUGUUAAAGAAAAGUGGUAUCGAGGUGAGGCUCAUUUCAGAGAGGGCCUGUUCGAAGCAGACACUGUCAUCUUUAAAACUGGAUUGCAAAAUGGAAGUGAGCGUUUCAGACAAGCUGGCAGUGGUGGACGAGUGGCGCAGAGAAAUGGGCCUGUGCUGGAAGGAAGUGGCCUAUCUCGGCAACGAAGUGUCCGAUGAGGAGUGCCUGAAGCGGGCUGGCCUGAGCGGUGUGCCCGCCGACGCCUGCUCCGCUGCCCAGAAGACCGUCGGCUACAUUUGCAAAUGCAACGGUGGCCGGGGCGCCAUCCGAGAGUUUGCAGAGCACAUUUUCUUACUGAUGGAAAAGCCAAGGUUAUCGAUUUGAAGGACAUGGAGUAAACUGUUCAGUCACCUCUGAGAUCACAGGUGAUUCUGCGCCCUGCACUGUCACAACUGACAGCCGACACGGAUCACCCCUAGCUGACUGGAUUCCAAGAACAGGGCAUCCUCUCAUUCAUACAUCCAGACACUUUCUAAUACGUACUCACCCUUUCUCAUGGAAAUGAUGUCUGUGAACCCGCCACGAGAAAGGCUCCAGGCUGCACUGGCACUCAGCUGCUUUCCUACACAGCAUUUAGUGGACUUUCACAGAUCUGAGUCAGCCUGUACAGGCCAGAAAAAAAGGAAAUGUCCCCCUCCUCGGUGUCCCUUACAGCUUGUUCUGGUUUUCUGCUCAUCAGGCAUUUCCGCUGCUGACUGCAUGCUCCUUACGCCGUCAGCUCACACACUGCCCAGAGGUUUUAGGCUCAGUUCUGGCUCUUCCCAGGCUUUCCCCUCAGCCCCAGCACUGCCCCAAGAGUUCUGGUUGCAUCUCACACUCUUUGUGUACUCAUCCCUUGGUUUUUCCUUUCUGUCUUCAAACACCAAGUCUCAAGUAGUACAACUACUCCAGAGUCCUUACAUUUUAUCCAAUAUUACUACAUUUGCUCAAAAUCUUGUAGUGACUUUCAUGCUGACCACAGAGUAAAGCAGGCUUCAGUGCAAGCAUUAUACACAGCCCAUUAUUCCCAACCAUAGUUCCUGCUGACCCUUCCAGGUCCUUCGACCCCAAUAAAGCUUUUCUGUUUGAUUCUCCUAAA